UGUCACAGUGCAUGCAAAAUUAAUGUAUGUACCUUGCAGAAAUAAACCCAGAGUUCAAUUCAAUUAAACAGAAAAAGUUAGUGUGGGUAACUACAAUCACCUUUCUGUCAUUACUUUAUUACACUAGCUUGGAAAUAAUAACAUCGUAUGCGAGAGGGCAUGCAAUGAGGACAGUGGCAACUGGCCUUCAAAGUGGCGUGCAGCUCAUGAACCACUUUGGUGGAAGUAGAAGGAAAAAGAUCUUUAUAUUUCUACUAAGUCAAGCAUCCACUUCCACAUCUUCAUUGUCCACAGUCAGUUUACCACCCACAUCUGGAGCCUCUUCAACACCUUCAGCAUCUCCAACCCUUGUACCACCAACAUCUACAGCCACUUCUACAUCUUCUUCAUCAACAGUCAAUUUACCACCAACAUCUACAGCUACUUCAACAUCUCCACCAUCUGCAGUCACUUUACCACCAACAUCUACAGCUACUUCAACAUCUCCAUCAUCCACAGUCACUUUACCAUCCACAUCUCUAUCCACUGCCGCCUUAACAUCUACAUCAUCACAGGCCACUUUACUGUCCCCAUCUUCAAGCAGCCUUGUAUCUACACUGCCACUUGCACAACCCUCCACAUCCACUCCACUGGAUCUGAUGCCUUUGCCAGUUGAUGGAGCUUCUACGCGACGAUAUCUCACAGCAAUGGCAACUGCCAGUGCAAGAGGACUGACAUCAGGUAUAACUGCACGUUUGUCUUAUUUUUUUUAUUCGCUUUCUGCAUUGGUGUUCUAAAUGUGUAUAUGGGUGUGUAUAGGAUGAUUACAAUUUAAGUCUAAUGUUACUCAACAGAUGAGAUCUCAGACUUGUCAGAUGAGUCCGAUUCAAACCAAGGCGGUGAGUUGGUGCAAUUACAGUUUCAAUUGAU